CAAGUAAACAGUGAGUAUGACUUGACUGUAAACCCUUCUAGCGACCUGAACCAAAAAGCCCCAAAAAUGGCUGAUGGAGCUCUCUAUCACUCUCAUUCUCUCUGAAAAUGGCGGGUUAACACAAGGUAAUCUCACUAUUCAUUGCAAAUCAGUCAUUGAAAAUCACUAUUCGAUUGCUAUAAUUAGUUUUCAUGCACUUCAAUUAAUUCUCCGAUACCUGUUACCUCCCACCAUCAACAGAAAAGUCCUUUUUUUUUUGUUAAUCGUAGUGUCCUGAUCAGCUUUUGUGCACCUCAUACUCAUGUCACCUCCCACCAUUAGCAGAAAAAUCUUUUUUUUUUUUUUUGGUGAUGAGGAGGGACGCGAUGGAUUCAGGAGGAGCAGAGUAGGCCGGCCGAAGAAAUACUGGAGGGAGGUGAUCAGACAUGACAUGGAGCAGCUGCAGCUAACUGAGAACAUGACCCUAGAUAGUAAGUUGUGGAGGUCGUGGAUAAGGGUAGAAGGCUAGCAGGAGGGUGUGGGUUGUAGCAAGCUAGCAGGAGAGAUCUUGUGUAGCCGGGAUACCUUCCGCUACCGUGGUGGCCGAGCCAGCUUUUGCACAUCUGAGUUAUUUCGGUUCCAACGAACAACACAAAAAUCAGUCCUUUUCAUUUGAUAACCGUGGUGUUCAGGCUAGCUUUCAUGCACUUGACUAAUUCCACGGGAUACCUGCCACCUCUCACCAACAACAAACAACAGGCAAAAUCAGUCUUUUUUUCUGCUUUUAAAUUGUUCAAAAAUGAAAGAUAUGAUGGAAAAAUCAUCGAAAAAACCUGAUUUUUUAGGUGAAGGAAUUGAUAGAAUAAGCAAUUUGCCAGAUGAUAUACUCCACAAUAUCCUUUCAUAUCUCUAUAUGUUUGAUGUGGUUAAGUUAAGCAUGUUGUCUAAAAGAUGGAACUAUAUAUGGAAAACAAUGCCUUACUUGAAUUUUGAUAUUAAUCACUUUGGUUUUGAGCGGAUUAGACGAAGACAUUCGCAUUGGGUAAUGGCUGAAAAAUUCAAAGAAUGCAUCGAUUGGGUCUUAAUUUCCCAAAGCGCGAAUAAUCUUGUUUGUUUUAAGCUCUGUUGUGGCGGCAUGUUUGAUGAAGGGGAUAUCUACCGUUGGAUUCGUGGUGCAACAACGCGAAAUGUUCAAGAACUUGUGUUAAGUUUUCGUCUUGCUGAGCCGUUUGAGUUGUCAUGUUGUUUUGUGACUUGUGAAUCUCUACGAGUUUUAAGAUUAACGCUGCAUGGGUCGAUACUUAAGCUGCCUAAUCAUUUCGGAUUUAAUCAGCUCAAAUUGCUUCAUCUUGUGGAAGUUGAGUUAUCUAACGAGACGAGUUGCUUGUUCUCAGAAUGUCCCGUCCUACAAAAACUGAUACUGAGAAAUUGUUCUUUUGGAACUACGACUAUGCUUGAUAUUGCUUCGAAGUCUCUGGUUUAUGUGGCUGUACGAAACUAUGUUAACAACGGAAAGAGUUACAGCGAGUGUAACAUCAAGAUUUCUUGCCCAAAUCUCAAGGUUUUGAAAUACCGUGCUCCAAAGGCGAAGGAUAUAAUUCUUGAGAAUCUCUUCUCGAUAGAAGUUGUUCAAAUCUAUUUUUUUGAUUUGGGUGAUGCAACUGAAGAAGUUGGCAUGCUUGUGCAUACGAUGAUCAAGAACGUUCGUUCUACAUCCGCUUUGAAGUUAUGCAUCUAUUCCAUUUUGGGUCUGCAUAAGGUAUUGCGUGAAGUAAGAAACUCCCCGGUCACAUUUUAUAGACUUAAGUCCUUAAAUUUGACGGUGAGAAUUGAUGAAGUCUGCAUGCGAGUCAUGAUGCUAUUGCUCAAGUGUUCUCCUAAUUUAGAGGUUCUUGAUUUGUUUUCUGUCGAGAACUAUGGCUGGGAUGAAAACUGGAUGUUGCAUGACCCUAAUGAAACCAUUGUGUGCUUGGAAUCUCAUCUGAAGUCGAUAAAGUUGAACGAUUUCAAACAUGAAGAAAAUGAGAUGGAGCUACUAAGGUUUUCCCUGAAGAAUGCACGGGUACUGGAAAAACUGACAAUUGUUUGGGACGGCUGUGCUGACAUAUCAGAAGAGGCAUCAGAGGAGGUUUCGAUGUUUCCUAGAGCUUCUUCAGAUGUUGUCGUGACAUUUCUUGAUUUCGACCCCAACUGAUGAUCUUGUUACCGGCACAAUGUAAGUGUAAAAGAGGUUUUGGUUGUGUAUUGCUUGGACUCGGACUCUCCAGAAAUGUUGUCAUACAUGUGUUGGAUUCUCCAAAAAUGUACUACUUUUGGAGGAUCCAAUACAUACUUGACUUCAUUUUUGAGAAGUCCAAACAACAUAGGUUAGAAUUACCCUUUUGGAGAUCUCUUCUCAUGAAAAACUAGAUUGUAUGAGCAAGCACGUGACGCCUUAAGUUUAUGAAUCUCUACUACUGUUUUGCCUUUUCAAAGAGUACAACAAUUUCAGUUGGACAGCCCUCAUUAAAGCAUGUUUGACUCGGGACGAAGAAGUGUUCAACUUGUUAACAGGUAUUACAUGCAUCUCCGAGAUUUAGAAAGUUCCCAGUCAUCUCUUUCUGCAUUUUACGGUAGUUGUUUACCUUUGGAACAUGUCCAAUUCUAUUUUUGGACUUGCGUGGGUCAUGCCAUACACAAUUAAAGAUGCAUAUGAAUGUUGGUGCCUCUGAAGAGUUUGGUCUAGCGAUGAAGAAAAUCCGGAUGUCCCUGCAAGUAUCGUUUGGAUGGAAAGGAAUUGCAGAUGCUUUGAUGGGAUUUCAACUCCAAACCACUUACUAUAAGCUAAAUGUUUGUGUAACUUAUUUAGCCUGUAAACUGCUUCUUCGAUUAAUUUUUGAAUCUUCAUUAGCUCCCUAAUCCUAGCAUAGUCAUUUAUGUUGGAGCUAACGCGGCCUCCGUUGUAACUUCUGCAUCUUCGUGAUGUUUUCUUAAUGCAACUUCUUACUUCAUCAAAGAGUAAGGUUCUUUCA